GACAGAAUGUGCAUCAGAUGUUUUGGAUUUGUUCUCCUGAUUUGGUUUCCUGGUGUGCUACAUGCACAAAGUGCAACACAGUCCUGCAGUGCUCCCAGACUGGAUGGUGGUUUCUUUGCCCCAAAACAGGAUACGUACACUCAUGAAACAAGGCUGGCCUAUACCUGCAAUGAAGGACGUAAACCAGUAGUGAGGGGUUGGUGGGCCACAAUCAAAUGUGAAAAUGGCAUAUGGUCUCAUCAGCCACAGUGUAUAGAUGAAACAGCCUGCAUCCCACCAACUAUCCCCAAUGCAAAUUAUAUAAAAAACUCAAAAGGUUGGUAUGAGGAUGGGCACACAUUAAGGAUAACAUGUAACAAAGGAUAUGAACACAAAGAUGGGGUCACAACAGCCUCAUGCAUUAAUGGAAAAUGGCCUUCUGUGCCCAUCUGUGAGAAAGAUCUCUUUCUAUGCAGUGAGCCCCCUAAACUCCCCCAUGCUAUAAUAAUUAAUCAGGGAUACCAGGAGGUGUUUGCUGCAGAUACAGAAGCUCAGUAUGAAUGCGAGGAUGGAUAUACUGCAGAGGGAGCACACACCAAGAAAUCCAUCUUUUGCAUAAAUGGAAACUGGACCGAAGGCCCAACAUGUAGAUCCUCUACCAGCUCUGGCAGUGGACCUUCAUUCAUAACAAUCGACAACUGUGGGACAUACCCAACUGUUCCAAAUGGUGUUGUUGUGCAAGAGGAUCGAAUGUAUUUAAAAUACGAAUGUAAUUCUUUUUACACACAAGUCGGUUUAGACACCGUGGUGUGUCAAAGCGAUGGCACUUGGUCACAAGCACCCGUCUGCAAAGAGAUCUUGCCCAGUAAUUUCACCAAGGGAAUGACUGCUGCCUGGUGGAUCACUCACCACUGA